AAGAGCAUAAGCCAGCAAUGAUAUACUCACAAACUGAGUCUCAGUUCCUAUGAAAACACAGAACAUUUCCUGUGCCUUUUCCGUUAUUUCACAAGCUGCCUCGUCUCACUCGCCCUCUGGGCUCCAGGACAAAGAGCUUUUGCUCCCAAAGUGCUUUUGCUCCCCUCAGAAGCCAGACAGAUGUCUCCAGCCUCCCUUGGUCAGCACGAUGGCCAAGACCCGUAGUGACCAUCUGCUGUACUCCCUGGAAGAGCUGGUGCCCUAUGACUUUGAGAAGUUCAAGUUCAAGCUGCAGAACACCAGCUUGGAGAGGGAACACUCCCGGAUCCCCCGGGGCCAACUCCAGACAGCCAAGCCAGUGAAGCUGGCCACUCUGCUGGUCACCCACUAUGGGGAAGAGUAUGCCGUGCGACUGACCCUGCAGGUCCUGAGAGCCAUCAACCAGCAUCUCCUGGCAGAGGAGCUCCACAGGGCCGUUGUCCCAGAGUAUCAGAUGCAAGAAAGUGGCACAGACAACUCAGCCAUGCCCUAUUCCUCUACGGAGAUUAAGCCCAAGAGCCUGAAGAUACCAGAUGGCCUGGAAGGGGACAAGCAGCGACAAAGUGGUGAUAUGGCUGGCUGCCCACCAUCCAUCCAGCCCGAGGCUGGUAGAGGGCCCCAGAAGAAGCCUCAGGGAAAACGGAGAGACCUGAAAGGCACUGAGGUCCUGGAUGUGCAGAGCAAGCCAGGGGCCAGGAACAUGACUCCGUCUUCCAAGAGAGGCCCAUUCCCCAGCAAGCCUCAGGGGGAGAAGGGGAGCGAUUCCAGCGUCAGGCUACGCAGGAAUGCCAGCUCUGCGGGAAGGCUCCAGGGAUUCUCCAGUGGGUCAUUGGCUGGGUCCCUGGGAAGGAGAGAAUUGAAAACAUCUGAGGCAAAUUCACCUUCAGGAAAGAAGCGACCCAAAAGUCUUGAAUUUGCCAUUUCUCCAGUAGAGACAGAAUCCCUCAAUCCAGAAAUUCUUCUGCUUCAAGAGAAAAUGAGAAGUGAGAAUCCAGGCUCAGCAGCCACUCCCCGUGAAGUGGCCAUUCUGACUGUAGGGGGUAUUGGGGCUCCAGAGAGAGGAUCCAAGAAUCCACAUCCCAUGACCCUGGAAGGAGGAGCACUCAGGAAUACACUUUCCAAUGUAUCAUUGGCUGGAAAGAAGACCUGGGAGCACCCAGAAUCCACAGUAUCUUCAGAGCAGAAUGGAAUUGAGGCUUCAGAGACCUCUAAGACCUUGGAGGAGGUGGUAGGCGGUGUGCUCCAAGAGCCUUCAGAUCCAGAAGUCUAUCCGUCUUCAGGAAGGCUGCAGAACAAGGCUGUGUGUCCCCUUUGCCGCGCCCAGGAAGGAGACCCUGUUGGUGGCAGCUGUGUGCACAACUCCUGCAACUGCUCUAUUGCUUCUGGGGAUCCUGAGCCCUCAUGCGGCCGCUCACCCAGCUGCCCUCGGUGCCAGGACUUGCACCCAGGGAAGAGUUAUGGAAGUUGCGAGCAGCAGGAGGGCCUGCAGAUGGUCGGCCUGAGUCCCAAGUCCCUGCCACAGUGUAAGCGUCACAUGAAGCAAGUGCAGUUGCUCUUCUGCGAGGACCACGGGGAACCUAUCUGCCUCAUCUGCAGGCUGAGUCAGGAGCACCAAGGACACCGGGUACGCCCCAUUGAGGAGGCUGCCCUGGAAUACAAGGAGCAAAUUCAGAAGCAGCUGGAGCAUCUGAAGGAUUUAAGAAAAUCUGGGGAGGAGCAGAGAUCCCAGGGAGAUAAGAAGACAGAGAACUUCCUGAAACAAACUGAAACCCAGAAGCAGAGAGUCCAGAACCAGUUGGAACAGUUGUGCCAGUUUUUAGAGCAGCAGGAGCAGCUCUUUGUGGCCUGGCUGGAGGAGCUGGGACAGACCAUUGGCCAGGUCAGGGAGACAUACGGCACCCGAGUAUCCAGAGACAUCGCCCUUCUUGAUGAGCUGAUUGGGGAGCUGGAGGCCAAGCAGUGCCAGCCAGAAUGGGAACUAAUGAAGGACAUCGGAGUCACCCUGCACAGGGCCAAGAUGGUAACUGCCCCUGAGCUACGGACCACCCCUCUAGAGGUGAAAGAAAGGAUCCACCUGCUCUACCAGAAAUCAGAGUUUGUGGAGAAGAGCAUGAAGCACUUCUUGGAAACCCUGCGCUCAGAAAUGGAAACAUUCAGUGUUCCAGAACUGAUUGGUGUUCAGGCACCCUGAGGUGAGAGGCCUGGACCUGCCGGGUCCCUGUGCCAUCCCCCAGCGUGUUACAGAAGAACAACCCUGUCC